GUGUAAGCCUAUUAGCUGCACCCUUGGUCAGAGGAGGAGAUUGGGGUUAGUCUAAGCCCUAAUCCUUGUGGGCCUUAUGCUGGUUGUACAGCAAGAACAACAAAAUCCUGGCUCCACCCCUUCAAGGCCGACACAGAUGCUGCACAGACAACGCCUGUCACAACAUCACUCAUAUUUCCUUUUCCCCGCUGUUUUCUUCCCCGCUCAGCUCCGUCUCAGCUCCUCCACGCCCGUCUGUGUCUCAGCAGGAGAGCGGAGGCGUGGGAGGGAGGAGAGGGUUGUGGUGCCCACCAGCUUCGGAGCUGUCGUCUUGUUGCCACGGUGAUCCACAUCGCUUCCUUUCCCCCCACCUCUCCGUUGCUUUUGAUGAUCCGGAUCGGGCAGAUAAGAGUCCGGAAGUGGCGCCUGGUUUCUCCGAUGAGCAGCCUGCGGGUGGGACAGAGGACUGGAAGGGGCGGCGGGAUGGGGAUGCUGUGGGAGUAGCUGGGAAACGGCAGCAUGCCAGUACAGCAGAUAACUGUGGUUCCAGCAAGAGAGACAACAGGCAAGAGCGUGCCUCGUACCAAAGACAAAAAUGAGGGAAGGAAGGCACCUGGACGCUCAGGGAGUCGGUCCAGCAACAUUUCCAAGGCCAGCAACUCUGGAGUCACCACAGCCUCUGGGACGUCGAUAACAACGUCUGCUCAGGACAUAUGCAGUCCUGGCCAGCUGAUCCAUUUAGAGGAGGAUGCUUCUGAGUCAGUCGAGCACAUAAGGCACACAAACAGUUCCUCCACAAUGACCAUCAGCGCUACGGCUCUGGGCUCCUCGGCCCAGGCUCAGAAAAAGCAGGUGAAGAGACGCCACCGCCGCAAGAGGAGCAACUGCGCCUCCUCCGAUUGCGCGGAGGCCAACGGCAAGCAGGAGCAGAGCGACCGCAGCCUCAGCUCGGACCGAAGCGAGCUGGAGGAGAGGAGGGAGCAUUCCCACAAGAACCGCAGGGAACUACCGCCUCGCCUCCGAUGCUCGGGUGCCCUGCAGUCCGACUCCUCCUCCGAGGAGGAGGAGGCGCGGCGCGAGGCUCGCAGUUGGAGCAAAGAGAAAGCACGGAGAGCCCGCAGGGAGAAGGAGGCAACGAAUGGCUGUAGGGCCAGAGAAAGUAAAGCUGACGUGAUGGAGCUGCUGUCGGUGGAUUCAAACGAAGGGAAGGACAAUCGCCCUCUGGUGGAGGACAGCAGUGGCCUCCAAAAGCGCCGCAACGUCAGGGGCUCGAAGAGGAGAGGGCCUGCUGCUUCCCACAGGGAGAGAUCACAGAGCAGAGACACUGAGAAGAAGAGCUCCAAGACGAGGAGCACCUCCGCGGCAGAGAACGGGGAGGAACUCAUCACCAAGAAAUACCAGGAGAAGGGGUCAGGAGAUGGAGACAUGUCUGUGCCCAUGCCACAGAAACACUGUGGUGUGAACGGGGGCGCACUUAGACCCUGUUCAGAGGACUCUGAGCUGGAGGUCUGCAGGAUCUGCCACUGUGAGGGGGACGACGAGUGCCCUCUGAUCACGCCCUGUCACUGCACCGGGAGCCUGAGUUUCGUCCAUCAGGCCUGCCUCAACCAAUGGAUUAAAUCCUCAGACACCCGCUGCUGCGAACUCUGCAAAUACGACUUCAUCAUGGAAACUAAGCUCAAACCUUUGAGCAAGUGGGAGAAGCUGCACAUGUCGAAGAGCGAGAGGAGGAAGAUCUUCUGUUCGGUGUUGUUCCACCUGAUCGCCAUCGUGUGUAUGUUGUGGUCCGUCUACAUCCUGGUGAAGAGAACCACAGAAGAGAUCCGACUGGGGAGGAACGACGAGUUUUGGAGAGUUUCUCUUCUGAAGUACUAUUCCCCGCAGGGUGUGCUGGAGUGGCCCUUCUGGACCAAGCUGAUUGUGGUGGGUAUUGGCUUCACAGGCGGCCUGGUCUUCAUGUACAUCCAGUGUAAAGUGUACCUGCAGCUGUGGCGCCGCCUCAAGGCCUUCAACCGCAUCAUCACCGUGCAGAACUGCCCCGAGAAGAACCUGCACAGCUCCCAGGCCCGGCCCAGCGCCCUCAGCAACGGCAAGCACGAAACCAUCGAGGUGCCACUCACGCCUGUCCGCGGCGCGGCUCCAGCGGCCCAGAUGGACUCAGACAUGUCCGUGGAGGCUGCGGUGGCACCGGUCUGACGGAUUCUCCCGCAAGCCGACUCAGCAUUUUAUCGGUCCUCUCGACUCCUGCGAUCAUCGAUGUUUAGGAUGAGAGUCGACAGAUGCUGAGAACUGAUCCAGUUCUUCGGUGAUCCUGGGAACGCGGAGAAACGGGCAGGGGAGGCAGCGCCAAGAAAAUAAAAGCCAGCAGCUAAAUGAAGGUGUGGAUGAGCGGUACUGAUGUCAUUUUAUUUAUGCACUUUUUAAAACCUGCACUGACACAAGUUAAAGAUGUGAAAAACCUUUCGAUGAAACGUCUCAGUAUGCUUCAAACUUCACGACCCGAGUUUAAAGAAAACUUUUGUUUCCAUCGAUGAGUCAGACACUGAGCACCUCACUGCACUUUAAAACGAUUUGAAACAUGUUUCAUAUUCUUAUAAAUCUCAUACUUGCAUAUUAAACCCCUCCACUUUGCUUUAAUCUUACCCUUUUUUAUAAGCUUUUACAUAAAGAUAUAUUAUUUAAAACAUGGGGGGUGCAGUGGAUACAUCUUUUUUCCACAACAAGCAUUUCUUUAGUGCCCAAGAAAAGUCCAAAUAGGUAAUUGUGUGUAGGUUUUGUGACUUGUGAGAUCCUCCUUGAUGCUGUAGAAAACAACUGAAAAGCACUUUUCCUGAAGCAUACUGAAGCCUUGAAACAUCUCUGGACAGUCAGGUUUUCAGACACCAAAGACUCAGUUAUUAGAAGUAGAUCUUUUAAACUAAAUCUGAAAUCUAAUUCUGUAAUACAUAAAAUCUGAUGAGGUUUUUAAUAUUUAUUAAAGUAGAACAUUUGUUGAUUUAUUUAUGUUUUAAUCUGGAUGUCAGUAACAAUGUUACCAAUACAUGUUUUACGUUUAGAUUGUAAUCGUGUUCAUCUCAGCUCAGUACACUAACACAGACAGUUGUUUAUGUUUACUUUUCUGCAGGUUUAUUUUCCUGUCUGAUCACAGAACAUACGGUUUCUCCUGGUUUUAAUCCAAAACAUUAAAGGUUUUUAUUUUUGGUUCAGAUUGGACAUGACUCGAAUUCAAAGCAUCACUUGUUUGUGCAAUAAAUAAUGAAUGUAGAACCUCAA